AUGCAAAUCAUGGCACCUUUAAACAUCGAUAAAAAGUCCAAAAAGUCCACAGGGAAACCUGACCCAAAGACCGAACUAUCUCCCAAAUUGGAGUCAUCUUAUAAACCUGCCAAAGCCCUGAAGCGUAAGAAAGGGGAUGACAACAACAACCUUUCGUCAAAGGAGCCCCCCAAAGUGUCGAAAAAGGCGAAGAAGAAUGAGACCCUGUCCAAAAAGCCUAAGAAAGCAUCAAAAGAGCCAGCAGACUUGGACGCAGAAUUGGUGGGAGACAUCGCUGUUGAAGACGUGGUGGCCACUUUAAGUGAGGAGAUCCUGUCAAAUUCCAACAAGAAGAAAGGCAAAGGAUUGUCAAAGGCUGCUCAAGAGGUCAAACCUGUCUUGGAAGACAAGCCCAGGAAGUCAAAGAACAAAUCUCAAGCACCUACAUCUGAGAGCGUCACCAUUCCUACACCUUCUCUGUCCACUUCGAAAGAGCCCACCAAGAAAGCAACAACAAAAGAAGUUAUUCCUACCUCUAUUUCGUGUCCCAGAAAACUUGAAUCUACAACCCAGAAGUCCAAGUCAAAAAAAUUCGUGAAGGCGCCUACGUCCAAGCCUGAAGCCUCUGCUUCUGAAGACAAGGAGGAAGGAGGAAAUGACGAUGGGGCAAAAGAAUCAGAUGAAGACUCCAAUGACAACCAGCUGCAUGGUUUCUCAACGGACGAGGAUUCCUCGGACAAAGAUGACGCUAUGGACAACAAGCCUGCCGAUUUUGACAUCAGAAAGCUGCCUACCAUCGCGAAGGAUGACAUGACAGUCAAAAUGAAGUUGGAGAAAGCUAAGUGGCAGCCAAUAGAAGAUCGUGGAGUCCUUUUCCUCGCCUUUGGUGAUGUUAUGCGUGUACAUGUGUUGCAUAAUAAGAAGACUGGACGAUCAAAACACUAUGGGUUCAUUGAAUUUGAUUCAUCUGCAGUUGCCAAAAUCGUCACCGAGACAAUGGACAACUACCUGCUAAUGGGCCAUAUACUACAUUGUAAGCUGAUCCCCAAGGAGGAGGUUCAUCCUGAAUUAUGGGUGGGGGCCAACCGGAAAUGGCAGAAGGUUCCAGCAGCACGAGUAACACGUGAUCAACAAAACAAGCUUUGCACAGAAGUGGAACAACAACGUGCCACAAACCGAUUGUUGAAGCGACAACUAGAGAGGAAGGAUAAAUUAGCAAGGGCUGGCAUUAAAUAUGAUUUUGAGGGAGCUGGAUAUAAGCAGCCAAAGCAGGUGAAAGUCUAG